AUGGCGUCGGGCGUCCCUAGGCCAUCGACCAGCACAACCGUCGUGCUCAGAAAACGCAAGAGGGACGACAGUCCGCUCGUUUUGCGCAUCUCCUCGUCGCCGACUCCAAGUUAUACGGCCUCUCACUCUGAAUCCGAGUAUGAGCAGAGCCCUCAUUCCCCAGUCAUUUCUAUCUCCUUGGGACCUGGCCCAUCUAGAGGACACGUGAAGAACAAGAAAAAGCGGUACACAUGCGAUUUUGAUGGCUGCGACAAGUCGUACUCGAAGCCUUCUCGACUAGCAGAACAUCAGCGCUCGCACACCGGAGACCGACCCUUCAUCUGCGCGACAUGCCAGAAAUCAUACCUUCGCGAAAGUCACCUUCAGGCACACUCUCGCUCGCAUUUGCCAGAAUCGGCCCGACCGUUCGUCUGCGAGGAAGCAGAGUGCGGGAAGCGCUUCUGGACGUCUCAGCAUCUCCGCGUGCAUGCAAAUCUGCACAAGGGAGAGAUGCCCUUCAAUUGCGCCGAGCCAUCCUGUGACGCGACGUUUGCCAAGCAGUACCAGCUGCGGGAGCAUAUCUGCUCGACACAUGCUCCUCCCGGGACUAAGUCCUACCGUUGUGAUCAUGAUGGUUGCAGCAAGUCCUUCGCCACUAAUCAGAAGUUGCGUGCACACGUCAAGACACACGAUGAGAAGCGCUACACCUGCGUGCACGCGUCAUGUCUACCCGCCGCGGGCCACCCACCUACGUACUUCGCAAACUGGACGGCUCUCCAGCACCACAUGCGCACUGCCCAUCCGCCCACAUGCCCCUAUCCUUCGUGCAGCGGCAAGACGUUCACUGCCCAGAAGGGUCUCCGCGCUCACUUGAAGAUUCAUGCUGAGCGUGACCUCGAGGCGGAGCUCGAGAAGGCCGAGGAAGCGAGAACAGGUGAGGACGACCGCCCACGAAAAAGACGUAGAGGCGGGGAAGUUGGGCGCGGCUGGGUGUGUCAGGAGUUGGAUUGCGGGAAAGAUUUCAAGUCGAGAAAAUCACUUAUGACACAUCGCAACGUGACCCACCUAGGCCGACGAGACUUCGCCUGCUCGAUAUGUGGGCGUACCUUCGGGUACAAGCAUCUCCUCCAGCGACAUACCGCACAGACGCACCCGACAGAGCCCGUCUCCUCCGACUCCGAGUCGGAGGACGACGCAGGAGAAAUCAGCGAGGGGGGGACGGAAGGCAGUUCAGACGAGCAGGAGGAUGAUGACCCAGGGGGUAGGGAAGAGACAGCAAAACCCUCAGUGACGUUCAGCAUCGACUUCAUCACUGGGGCUGCGUACGACACUCGUUCGCAGGCACGCCUGAACAACGGCACACGUAGUCUACGGUGCCCGUUCCCGGACCUGCCGCCGUCCUUUUGCGUCAACAACGGGGGCAAUGGCGUGGCCGCGGACGACGGUGCGACGACGGCCCCGACGACUACGGGACAACCACGGUGCCAGUAUGUAUUCAGCAGAGCCUAUGACCUGCGCAGGCAUCUGCUUGCUGAACAUGAGGUGGAGGUCGCGAAGGAGGUUGUUGAUGAGUGGGUCAAAAGCACCAAAGCGGCGAGAGCGAAUGAGGCCCAGGCUAGUUAG